CCCGCCCCCGGGCGCUUACUCUCCUCGAAGGUUUUGCAGAGCUCCACGCAGAUCGCUGCCAACUGCGAAUCCGAGAUGCCAGGGCCAGGCUGAGCGGUGUCGACCGGCGGGUCAGAUCGUGAGAGGUUGAGUCUGACGGCACCGGCUUGGACCUGGAGGAAACGCCGCACAUGGACGCGCCUGGUCCCUUGACUCCUGGGGGACCAGGAGGUGAUGGCCCUUCAGGAAGUUCAAGAGAGACACCCAGACGGCUUUCAAGAGAACAACUGUUUGUACUAAUAUCUGCUGCUUCCAUGAACUUAGGGUCCAUGAUGGCCUAUUCUAUCCUUGGACCCUUUUUCCCCAAGGAGGCUGAAAAGAAGGGAGCCAGCAAUACUAUGAUUGGCAUGAUCUUUGGAUGUUAUGCUUUAUUUGACUUGCUGGCAUCCUUGGUAUUUGGAAAAUAUCUUGUGCAUAUUGGAGCAAAAUUUAUGUUUAUAGCAGGGAUGUUCGUCUCAGGAGGAGUUACAAUUCUCUUUGGUCUCUUGGACCAAGUUCCUGAUGGACCUGUAUUUAUUGCUAUGUGUUUUCUAGUGAGAAUAAUGGAUGCAUUAAGCUUUGGUGCAGCAAUAACUGCAUCAUCUUCGAUCCUCGUAAAAGCUUUUCCAAAUAAUAUUGCUACAGUACUGGGAGGUCUCGAGGUGUUUUCUGGACUGGGACUAGUACUAGGUCCUCCUUUAGGUGGCUUUUUGUAUCAAUCCUUUGGCUAUGAAGUGCCUUUUAUUUUUCUGGGAUGCAUAGUUCUGCUGAUGGUACCACUCAACAUAUAUAUUUUACCUAGUUAUGAGGCUGAUCCAGGUGAACACUCAUUCUGGAAACUUGUCACUUUACCGAAAGUUGGCCUGAUAGCCUUUGUCAUCAUCUCUCUCAGUUCCUGCUUUGGCUUCCUUGAUCCGAUUCUGUCUCUCUUUGUUUUGGAGAAGUUUCAUUUACCAGCCGGAUAUGUGGGACUGGUCUUCCUGGGUUUGGCACUAUCCUACGCCAUUUCUUCACCACUCUUUGGCCUGCUAAGUGAUAAAAUGCCACAUCUAAGGAAAUGGUGUCUGGUUUUUGGAAACUUAAUCACAGCAGGGUGCUACAUGCUCUUAGGACCCGUCCCUUUCUUGCACAUUGAAAGUCAGCUGUGGCUGCUGGUGUUGAUAUUAGUUAUAAAUGGCUUCUCUGCUGGAAUGAGUAUCAUUCCGACUUUUCCGGAGAUUCUCAGUUGUGCAUAUGAAAAUGGAUUUGAAGAGGGAUUAAGCACGCUGGGACUUGUUUCAGGUCUCAUUGGUGGCAUGUGGUCAGUUGGUGCUUUUGCAGGACCAAUGCUGGGUGGAUUUCUGUAUGAGAAAAUUGGUUUUGAGUGGGCAGCAGCUAUACAAGGCCUGUGGCCUCUGAUAAGUGGAUUAGUGAUGGGCUUAUUUUACCUCCUGGAGCACUCAAGGAGAAGAAGAAGGUAUGGUCAACUUUUAGAGUUCUUCUUGCUGCCUUUAGAGGUCAGCUUAUGGGUGUGGUCAAGAAAUACCAAUUUAUAUCCAUCCUUCUAGUUAGCAGAUUUCUGGGAGCCCUGAGGCUCGUCCCUUACUUGGUAAAUAUGUUUGCCAGGUUUAAGGGGAUAGUUGGUUAGAUAUGUAGGCACUGUUUAUGUCGUUGUUGUUUGUUUGUUUGUUGUUCAUUUUUAGAUAAGAGAUACUGAGAUUCUCUUUUUUCCUCUCAAAGUAGAUCUAAGUCUCAAAACAUCGUUGGCACAGAAGAGGAACGGACUGCUCUUUUACCUGAUGAAAUCUAGCCUUCUGAGUCCUGGAUGGAUACAGAUUGGGAGGCAGAUGCUGGUGGUCCUGCAUAUCACUGUUGGGAGGGUCUUCUCAAUUUUGGACACAGAGCUCCAUGGGGCCUCCACCACUCCCUGAAAGAGCCCAUGUGCUUUUGGAUGAUCCUUGGUGGGCUGUACUUAAAGUUGCCCUGAAAGGGUAACUGACUGAGCCAGCCAUAUUUGAAACAUUAAUUAUGAGAAAGAUAGUUAAAAACCAGCAAUUUUUUUUUUUUUUUUGUGGUGCUGGGGAUUGAACCCAGGGCCUUGUGCAUGUAAGACAAGCACUCUACCAACUGAGCUUAUCCUCAGCCCCAGGAGAUUGUUAUUUUAAAUGACCAAACUUCUCCUUGAAGAUUCUGUUAUGAAUUGUCUAGCCUUCUUGCUUCCUCUGUUUACUUUUUAUUCUGAGUGCACUGAUUUUGUGAAUGGAAUAUACCUUCAUUUUUACUGACAAGGAAAGAAAUGAUUUGAUUUGACAUAUGCUGAAUAUAUCAUGAUUUUUACACAAAAUGUAUAGAAUAAUUAACUAUGAAAUCAGGUUUUAAAACAUAUUUUCUCUGACUUGAGAUUUUUGUCUUUGUUUAAAAAGCAAAAUUUCUGCCUGCCAUGCAAAAAUUCUGUAGCAUCCUUCUGGGCCCUCAGUUUUUCUCAAAAUUUCAGAUGUGUGAAAGGUGCUUGAUAUAACAUUACUCAUUCCCUUUAACAUAUCUGUGUUUUAGUUCUACUUUUCUUUUUUCUUUCUUUGUUUUUUUUUUUUCAGUACUAGGGAAUGAACUCAGGGCCUCACACAUGCUAGACAAGUGCCCUAUCACUGAACUAUGUUACCACACUUUUUAAAUCUUAUUUUAAGACAGAGUCUUGCUUUUGCUCAGGCUGGCUCAAACUUGAGGUCCUGCUGCGACAGCUUCAGAGUAGCUGGGAAUACAGGCAUGCACCACCAUGCCUAGCUUGUGUCCUGGUACUCUUGGUAGAUUUCAUCUUUAGAUCAGAUCAGCAUCCCAACCCCAUCCAGGAAUUUAUGUUGUAUGUUAGGGACACACUCCCUCCAUGGACAUGUAAAAUCCAUGCUGUUAUUUGAAGCGAAACAAUGUCAACUCUCAUACCUCCUGGUCCAUUUCAUGCUGUAAUAGCAACAUUAACUUUCUUUUUUUAGAAUAAAUGAUUUUAUCUAUUUAUUCAAAAAUAUCUUCGAUCACCUCUAAUGAAUUGAUGUCAGGUGCUAGGAAUUUAGCUGUGAUUACCAUAAACAUAACCUCUGCCUUUAUGUAACUUUUAACCAGGAAAAGGAACAAACAGUAAAUAAAUGCCAGAAUUAUUUAUUAUCUUACAAAAAUGUUCUGAAGGAAAAAACAUGAUAAGAUAGAAUAAUUAGCUGGUAUUGAUUAGGUGUGGGGCCUUGUUUGGACAAAGGCUCUGCAUGGAGGUGAGAUUUUUGAGUUGAGAGCUGAAGAAUGAGAAUGAGUCUGCCAUUCAUUCAUUUUGAAGAGAGACCAGUCCUUAGCAUGUGCUUGGUGUGGUAGAAGAUGAGAGCACUCUAUACUUUCCAGAAUCCUGUAAAUAGAGUUAGGGAAGUGGGGAGUAGUGGUAUUUAAAUGGAGGUGUGCAGAGUCUACUUGAAGUUUCAGGAAGUUCUUUGGAUCUGCAUGUGGACAGCAAGUGGGGUUGCUGAUAAGAAGGGAUUGAGAUGCAGGGAGAACUUUGGAGCUUUGGGAGAGACAAUAAUGGUUUUAACUAGAGAGGUGGAGGGGUGGAGAGAAAAAGAUAUAUUCAGAAGUGGAACUGACACGAUUGUUGCUGUGGAGGGGGAAGGAGAGAGGAAUCAAGGAUGAUUCUAGGUUUUAGCUGGAGGAUGUGGGUGUCGAUUCUAGUGCUUCUAAGUCACAUAGAGAAGAAAAGCAAAACAGAUCCUGAAGAGACGAAUAAUCAAAACCAUGAUGGGAUGCCAUUUCCCACCACCAAAACCAACCUAAAUGGAUACCCAGGGUUGAAGAGGACUGCUUUUGGAAGGGUGCCUGGCACUAACUGUAAGGUUGGAUCACAAGGGUCUUAUGAACUCUUCCCUAUUCCUCUCAACCUCCUUCAUCCUUGGAGGUUGGUCAGUGCAGGAAGAGCACCAGUGACCUGUAGGUCAGAGUAUGACCACGUUCCCCUGAACCAAUGUGAGGGCAGAGCAGGGACAGGCCUGGUUCUCCCUGGUCAAAUUUCCUGACAUACACUUGCGUUUCUUCUCUCUAAGCCCACUGGUUCAGGGAUGCCCCCUCUUCCGCCCCGUGGCAAUGCCACUGAACUCAUGCAGUUCCAGAUGCUGCCUCAGGGUGGUGCUAUUAAAGCACUGAGGCCACAGCAACCACUUCUGCUGCCCCAAUCUGGCCUUCGGACUUUGCUCAGUACCUCCACCCAUUUCCCUUACCAGCACAGUUAAAUGUUGAAAACUCAAUGUCAAUGCAAAGAUUCUAGGUUUUUUUGUUGUUUGUUUGUUUUUAAGAGCUUUUUAAAUUCUAAUUUUCAACAUGCUGCUCUCAGUAAAUGCCUCAGAUACAAGUGUUAAUAAGAUGCUCUGUAUGAAAGCAACUCUAUCCUUUCCUCAUUGUAUGAUUUUGUAAGUAUUAAGAUGCAUGACAAAAAUGCUUUAUGAGAAAGAAUAAAGGAAAAAAAAAGAAAAGAAAGGAUAAAGAAAAAAAAUGUUUGGGACUAUGAAACCCAAGAAGUAGAUCAAAAUCAUCAGAGGAUAUUCCUAUGUAUAUGUUUGCAUUUUUUAUAUAUUUAUAUUUUAAAUAUAUUAAAGGUACUCAGAUUAAAUGAACUCUUUAAAAAUGAAAAUUAUUAUUUUAUGUAGCUAACUGCAGAGUAUAUUAAUAAUAAAUAAACAAGGAUAUUUUUAUGUUAAGACAAUAUUUUAUCCCAUAUUGGGAUAAUACACAAAUUAAAGGAAAAAUAAGGAUAUACAGAUCAUAUUUCUUUUAAUUAAAAUUUUAGGAUUUUGAGAUAACUGCUGGUUCACAUGAAGUUCUAAGAAUAAAUACACUGAUCCUGUUUCUCCUUUCCCUGUUUUCCCCCCAAUAGUAACAUCUUGAAAAACUAUGAUAUAAUAUUAUAAUCAGGAUGCAGAAUAUUCCUGUCACGACACCCCUCAUGUUGUCUUUUGCAGCUACUCUUAAUUCCCCUAAUUCCCUUCCACCUUUACUAAUCUCCAUUUCUGGCAUCUAGUCAUUUCAAGAAAUGUAAAACUGGAAUCAAUAUGUAAUUUUAUUUUGGGAUUGGCUUUUUUGACUCAGUAUAAUGCCCUUGAGAUACACUCAUGUUCAUUCAUUUAUAUUGGUGAGUAACAUUUCAUGGUACGGAUGUCUUGUGUAUCUACCUAUUAAAAGAUGUAUGGAUUGUCUCUAGCUUAUGAUUACAAAUAAAACCGCUAUGAACAUUUACAAACAGAUUUUUGUGAAAACAUAAACCUUCAUUUCUCUGAGACAAAUGCCAGGAAUAUACCUGCUGGGAUGUUUCAUGGUUGCAUGAUUAGUUUGCUUUACUUUUCCCCAAAUAACUCAUUUGUUUUAGAUAGAAAACUUGAUUUUGGCAAUAAAUAUUAAACAUCACAUAUUGAUGAAAUAUCA